UGUCGGGAGCGAGCAUGUGCAGAUUGAAACCGCAUCCAUACUACGGGCGAGUGUCACUGGCACACUUCACCUCCCGCCGGCCGCGGGGCACCCAUGGACACCGGAAGGCUGUCUGGUUGCUGUAGUAGCUGUUGUUCACACACACCUGGGCUGAAAACGACUGGCAUCUGAAACUCUUUGGACUUGCUGGAGGCAGUCUAGUCUACCUGCGGAUGUUGUGAAUUAGGAGCUGGCCAAAGAGUGGGAGAGCUCCAGGAUCCCUCCCCGGAAAAGAGCACUGCUGGGGUGAGUGCAGAAGAAUGGCUGCGGCAGAACCUCUGACCGCUUUCUCACGAUGGUACCUCUACGCCAUCCACGGCUAUUUCUGUGAGGUGAUGUUCACAGCUGCCUGGGAGUUUGUGGUCAACUUCAACUGGAAGUUCCCAGGUGUUACCAGUGUGUGGGCACUCUUCAUCUAUGGCACCUCCAUCCUCAUUGUGGAGAAGAUGUAUCUGUAUCUCAAAGACAAGUGUAACAUUUUAGUGCGCUGCUUCAUUUACACUCUGUGGACAUAUCUCUGGGAGUUCACCACUGGCCUCAUCCUACGCCAGUUCAAUGCCUGCCCAUGGGACUAUUCCCAGUUUGAUUUUGACUUCAUGGGCCUGAUCACCCUGGAGUAUGCCAUCCCGUGGUUUUGUGCUUCUUUCAUCAUGGAGCAGCUGGUGAUCAGAAACACGCUGCGCUUGCGAUUUGAUGAGACUGCCGAGCCCGGGGCCCCCACCGUGCCCGUUGCCUUGGCCAAUGGCCACGUGAAGACAGAUUGAGCAGUGACUUAGAGCCAUACUUAGCAAUCUGAGAGAGCCCAGACCUCUGCCAUGGACAGUCAGCUCUGGCUCUGAGGUACUGCUCCUUGCUGUAUUAGAUUCAUAAACCCCAUUUUUCUAAUGGGGGUGUGCAUGGGAUAUACCAGAAAAAAAUGGAACCAAUAGAUUUUCUAUGGAUUUUACUCUUUGGGCUCCAAGGACCAAUAUGAGUUACUUGUUAGUUAGGUUGUUUCUGAUUUUAACUUAUUACUGAUGAAAGCAGUCCUUUUGCUUACACUUUAAAGUGGAGAAAGAAGAAAAAAGAAGUGCUACAGCGGAAAUGCAUCCAAAAAAACCCCACCUCAUCAGUGGAUGGGCAUGGACACGCCAGCUGAGUUAGUGAUUGGCUUACUCCAUUAGGCAAUAUUCAGGUGCUUGCUUCAACCAAUACCUCCCGUGGGACCUGAGAUGCUGCAGGAACAAGCAAAAUCCAUCUGCUGUUGAGAAGUACCUAAGACUGGCAAUCUGCUGGGGAGGUAGAUGGUGUUCCCCCCACCAGGUCCCAUUGGCCUCUCCCCAGGUUCUUUGUUGCACCAUGAAAUAAUCUGGUGCUGGACAUCUUGCUGAAUUUAUACCGAUCUUGUACUUUUUGAAAUCUCAGUCCUGAUACUCACUAGAAUUUUUCUUCUUUUAUUUUUCUUCUUUUAUUUUUCUUCUUUUUUUUUUUCUUUCUAAUAAAGCCUUUUUUUUUGCCAAGUGAAUUUUACCAUAAUCUGUGCUAUCUUAAUCUUGGCAAAAGGCACAAGAAAUAGUGCAAGUCUUCCCAUCUCUUUUGUCCCCCCAAAGCAGAUCCUGCUGCAGAUUCCAGCUCCCAUCUCAGCUGUGCAAACCUUGUAGAGACUAUAUAGCCCACAAGGCUUUUCUGCCUUUCUUUCCAGGGAUUCCUCUGUUUCUGGUGAUGUUGAUGACUUAGUCUAGCCCAUUUGAAGGUCAAAACCUUCAUGUGGCUGAUCCAGGAUUUGGUCCUCUGGCACUGACUCCCAUGUUCCUUCAGCACUGGCAGGGCUCAGCUCAGUUCUGCCUAGUGUUCUGCUCACUGUAUCAAGUGGAUUUGCUUUUACUUCUCAAAUUCUGCUUUAAAUAACCACAAGCGUAUUGUCAUGACAGUAAUUGGAAGCAGCAAGAGAUAUACCAUGCUGCCUGAUACAUUUACAAAAAAAACAAAAACAAAACACCCAUCUCUGAAAAGCAUGCACUUCUUCCUGCUCUGCCUGAAUGAGCCUUUGAGUUAGGGUGUGAGAGCAGCAGUAGAGAGGUGGAACAGAAGGGACUCCUGUGGCUUCACUGUAGACCUACCUGCACCAGGGACAGUUUGAAAUUUGAAAUUUAAUCUGUUGGGAACACUUAUGGAGAACAAGGACAGCUGUGGUGCAGGGAAGCUGUUUGGUGGUGGCAGCCACAAGUUUGUAAUUCACUGUCAAGUCUUGGCCUUUGAAGUUAGCAAGGAACAUGGAGCUUCCAGCUGUCAGAUGUCUCACUCCUGAACUGAUUUAUGGGGAAGGUUUGCCAGAGUUGUUCCAUAAGGCCAGAUUAAUUUUUCUUGUUCUUCCACCACAGUCAGGGAUAAUUUGGCUUGGAAUGCAAAUCUGUUGUAGGAUUCCACUCUUAUUUUGGAAAUAGUUGGGCCAUUUCUGUGUAUGUCCCUUGUCUCUGGUAGGGGGUGCUCAGCUAUGAACUUGCUCCUUGCCCUGGCACGGCCAUUCCUGAGAAGAAAAGCACUGCUGACCCUGUGAGUAGAAUUGUUUCUUGGUUCUGCUCUUACAGGGCAGUGCUAAUCCUUUUUUGUAUUACAUGGAGAGCAAUUAUUUAUUCCUUCCCUUCCUCUUUUCACAUGGCAUCCAUUGCUGGCAAUGGACACAUGAAAACAGUGGUGGCAAGGGGUUAAUCAAUCUGCUCUGGGUAUGCAAUGUAUCCUGAAUCACUGAGAAUACUUAGGUGGGUAUUUAGAGUUCCCUUUUUAUAGUUCAUUAAAUUAAAAGAGAACAAACACUGAACAGAUAGUUCUUUUGAUGCUAUGGUGCCAGUGUUAUGAAAUCAGAGGAACAGCAUGUAGUUUGUCAGCCUUGUUGGUCUCAGGAGUAUAGACCCAGGCAAAAUAGUCACCUGAAACUGUACAUGGAGGAAAAAGAAAAAAAGAUAGCUUUGUAUGUGGGAUAAUGUAGAUGAGCUCUACUGAAGCAGAGCAAGAAUUGCAAGGUGCAGAUGAGAGUUGGGAUCCUACCAUUUUGGCCCUGGUUAUGUCACGAUCAUCAAAUGCAGUGUCUAAAGCUGGGUUGUCCUCUCACAGCAUAGCUUAAAUGUGGUGUUGUGCUGCCUCCUACACCACCCCCACAUCAUGUAAAACCCUCAGCUUUACAGAAAGAUCCUUAGGAUCCCUGCUUUCUCCCUAGCUGUUACAAAACUCUUUGGAAAGGUUAAAAGGAGUUAGCAAUGUGGUGUGGAGGACUGGCUGUCCACAGAGCUAACCUGGUGUGCAAUAGCAGUUGUGUCUGUUAUUGUCUGUACUUAAGGUCCCACAUAAAUGAGACGUUUUUGUGUGUUUUGCUGAGUGAUGUUAUAUUUAACUUCUCAAAAUAUGGAAGGGUUUCCCAGCAGCAUCUAGUAUCCUAGGGCAUUAUUCUUAUUGCCUGUGUCAUUGAAACAGCUGUUGUAGUCUGCUUUCCACUGGUGUCUGAUGUGUACUGCCCAGCUAUUGCAUCUUCAUAAAGUGGUAAUUUAUACCCAGAAGUGCACUUUACUUGCAGCUUGCACACCAGAAACAGAAAAGGACCUGGCAAAUUCUUAAAUCAUUUAAUUAUGUAUAAUACCACGCACCUAAUGCAGCAGGAUUAGCCAGACUUCUCCUUUCUGAGCAACAUGGCUGCUGUCAGAGCUUUGUCUUUUCUGCAAAAUCUCCCUUUUUAAUACAUGUGAUGCUUCUUAUAACGUCUUUCAGAACUGCCCAGAGCACGUUACCAGGACCUCAGUGGCAGCUCGGUGAGAGCUCGGGAGCUGGACUGAAGUUGAAGAGACAUUUACAUUAAGAAGAAAAAAAAACGCACAAGGCCUAACAUUUGUUUGUAUGUGUAUCUUCCUCAGUAGAUUAAAGUUGCCUGUUUUGAGUUCACCAGCAAUAAAAAUACCUUGUGAUUUA